UAGGUAUUACUUUUGUCAUUACUUACUUCACAAAGAUCCUGUACUCAGAUCUCUAGUUUCUUCUUUUAGCUGCUCUCUAUUCUCUCUCCUACUCAAAGAUAUGGGGAGCAGCUCUAAGACUAUAGUUUGGUUUAGAAGGGAUUUAAGAAUUGAAGACAAUCCUGCCUUGGCUGCAGCAGCCAGGGAUGGUAGUGUAUUGCCUGUGUACAUAUGGUGUCCAAAGGAAGAAGGGCAAUUCUACCCUGGCCGAGUUUCGAGGUGGUGGUUGAAGGAAUCCUUGAUCCAUUUGGAUCAGUCAUUGAGGUCACUUGGUGUUGAACUCGUGUUGAUUAAGGCGGAGAGUACCCUUGAUGCCAUGUUGGAAUGCAUCAGUGCCACUGGCGCGAAUAAGGUGGUGUUCAAUCGUCUUUAUGAUCCUGUCUCACUUGUUCGUGAUCAUAACAUCAAGCAAAAACUUGGAGAACUAAACAUUUCUGUACAUAGCUAUAAUGGAGAUUUGUUGUACGAGCCAUGGGAAGUGUAUGAUGAAAAAGGACAUGCUUUUACAACAUUCGCUCCUUUCUGGGACAAGUGCCUGAACAUGCAUAUGGAUCCCGCUUCAUUUCCUACUCCAUGGCGUCUUGUGCCAGCUACAGGAUCAUUUAAGAAGUUUUCAAUUAGGGAUAUGGGUCUUGAGAAUGAUUCUGAAAAAUCGAGCAACGAUUUGCUAAAAAGAGCUUGGUCCCCAGGUUGGACCAAUGCUAAUAAGGCACUCACGGAGUUUGUUGAGCAGCAUCUGCUUGAAUACUCAAUAUGCAGGGUUAAGGUUGGAGGGAAUUCAACAUCACUGUUGUCCCCUUAUCUGCAUUUUGGGGAGUUGAGUGUAAGAAAAGUUUUCCAUAGUGUGCAAAUGAAGCUGAUGGUGUGGGCAAAUGAAGGGAACAGUUGCGGUUUGGAAAGUGCCAAUAUGUAUCUAAGGGCUAUUGGAUUCAGAGAAUAUUCUCGAUACCUUUGUUUUAACUUCCCUUUCACCCAUGAAAGAUCCUUGCUGAGCAACCUGAAGUAUUUCCCUUGGAAUUCAGAUCAGACACUUUUCAAGGCUUGGAGACAAGGUCGAACUGGAUAUCCACUGGUUGAUGCGGGAAUGAGAGAGCUUUGGGCAACUGGGUGGACUCACAACAGGAUGAGAGUGAUAGUUGCAAGUUUCUGUGUGAAAUUUCUGCUGCUUCCUUGGAGGUGGGGAAUGAAAUACUUUUGGGAUACACUUCUAGAUGCCGAUUUAGAAUGUGAUAUACUAGGUUGGCAAUAUAUCUCUGGGAGCUUACCAGAUGGUCACGUUCUACACCGUCUGGAUGACCCAGAGCUUCAAGGUUCUAAAUAUGAUCCGGAAGGGGAAUAUAUUCGGCAAUGGCUACCAGAACUAGCAAGAAUGCCAGCAGAGUGGAUUCAUCAUCCAUGGGAUGCACCUGCUACAGUCCUAAAAGCUGCAGGAGUGGAGUUGGGAUUCAAUUACCCAAAACCAGUCGUUGAGAUGGACACAGCCAGAGAAAAUCUGACCGAGGCAAUAUGUUUGAUGCAAGGAAAGGCAGGAGCUGAAGAAACAAAUGGUACAAAUGAAGUUCUAGUUGACAGCUCCGAGAAGGGUGGAAACACAGGAGAUACAAGGUUUGAUAGCUCUGAAAAUUUCAGGAAAUCAUCUAUCCCAGAGGUUGUCUUGAAUGGAAAACCAAGUUGCAUUACUGGGUCAUCCCGUGAUCAGCGGGUUCCCUCUAUGCAAAAUAUGACUAAUAAUCUCUUACCAAAUGGGAAGAGACCGAGAAUUACUGUAGAAGAUCGAACACCUGAACCUAAUGUGAAUGCUUGCUAUGGAAAUACUGAAGCACUAAGUGUCCAGGAAGAAGACUUGUGCUCUACAGCCGAAUCUUCAUCAGCUAAGAAACAGGCGACAAGCAGUUUUUCCUUCUGUGUCCCACAUGGUUGUUCUGUAUCAUCUAAAGGAAAGGAAUUGUUAGAUUGCAAAUCUUCUGAUGUGAAGCCACCCUGGAAUGAACAUGUCGAUGAAGAGUAGAGUUCAAGUUGGGAAGGUUUAUAUUGUAGUUUCUCUCAGAAUAAUCCCUCUCUCCUGAAGAAUAGAGAGUACUUAGACAAUCUUAACAGCUGCAGGAACAGCUACUGGGGUUUUAUACUUUACAAUACAAGCCUUGUUCGGAUAUGAAGUAGCCAUACAAAAAGCAAAAGAUCAGAGUUCAAGUCAAGAUGGUCAGUAGUGUUGUUUCCUUUAUAUACUUGAUGUGUUAGGUUUGCACAUUCUGAUGUAAGAUAACUUUAUUUUAAAUAUGUCCAACUUGCUGUUUCAUUCAACUUAUGUGAAUUAGCACCAUGACAUGUUUAUAAGGAACACGAAUUCUGUUGUUUUCUUGACUUCUAAUUUAACUUCUUAUUGCGAGUUAAAUGUAUAAAGUUUGAUUGUUUAUAGGUUUGAUGCUCAA